GUCCAUCUGUACAACUCUCAUUCUCUCUCUCUCUCUCUCUCUCUCUCUCUCUCUCUCCUCACUCUCCCAUCAUUUCACUCUCCCCAUCUCUCCAGCUCUCUUCCCUCUCUUUAGGCAGAGCCUACUAGACAGCAAUACCAACACCUCCUGACAUGGAAAUACACUGAUACAAUAGGCGGAAGAAACACUCCGUAGCAUCUCCGGGUUCCAGGUGGCGUUUUUGGCCGUUGCAUCCCGACCCGAUUACUGGGAUGGAGGAUUCAGGCAUCCAGCGAGGCAUCUGGGAUGGCGAUGCCAAGGCCGUCCAACAGUGUCUGACAGACAUUUUCACCAGCGUGUACACCACCUGCGACAUUCCUGAGAAUGCUAUAUUCGGGCCCUGCGUCCUGAGCCAUACCUCCCUGUACGACAGCAUAGCUUUCAUAGCUCUCAAGUCCACCGACAAAAGGACAGUUCCUUAUAUCUUCCGGGUGGACACCUCAGCGGCAAAUGGUUCCUCGGAAGGUCUCAUGUGGCUGCGUCUGGUGCAGUCAGCCAGAGAGAAGGAGGAGCAGAACCUGGAAGCCUAUAUAAAAAACGGACAGCUGUUCUACCGCUCUCUCCGCAGGAUUGCCAAAGACGAGGAGUUGCUAGUUUGGUACGGGAAAGAACUGACUGAGUUACUCUUGCUCUGCCCCUCUAGACCCCACAGCAAAAUGAAUGGGUCGUCCCCUUACACAUGCCUGGACUGCAGCCAACGUUUCCAGUUUGAAUUUCCCUUUGUGGCGCACCUGCGCUUCCGCUGCCCCAAGAGAAUUCACAGCGCGGACAGGAGCCCCCAAGACGAGCAAGGCGGCGGCGUGGGCACCAAGGACCACGGGGGCGGCGGCGGCAAGGACCAGCAGCGGCAGCCGCCGGAGGCGCCCUUGGGCCCGGGCCCCAAGUUCUGCAAAGCCGGCCCUCUCCACCACUACCCGGCCCCCUCCCCCGAGGGCAGCAACCCUCCGGCGACCGGCGGCGGUGGCGGCGGCGGCUCCAAGCCGUCCACGGACUUUCACAACCUGGCCCGGGAGCUGGAGAACUCGGGGGGAGGCGGCAGCUGCUCCCCGGUGCGGACUGGGGGGCGGCGGUUCGCGGGCGCGGGCGGGGCGUGCGGCGGCCCGGGUGCGGCGGCGGACGAGCGCAAAAGUGCCUUCUCGCAGCCUGCGCGCUCCUUCUCGCAGCUGCCGCCGCUGGUGCUGGGCCAGAAGCUGAGCGCGCUGGAGCCGAGCCACACCGGCGACGGGGUGGGCCAAAGACUCUACCCCGCCGCCGCCGACCCCUUGGCCGUGAAGCUGCAGGGAGCCGCCGACCUGAACGCCGGCUGCGCGGCCCUGCCGGGCGGCGGCCUCCCGAAGCAGAGCCCCUUCCUCUACGCCACCGCCUUCUGGCCCAAGAGCUCGGCGGCCGCGGCGGCGGCGGGGCCCCUGCAGCUGCAGCUGCCGUCGGCGCUCACGCUGCUGCCGCCGUCCUUCACGUCGCUGUGCCUGCCCGCGCAGAACUGGUGCGCCAAGUGCAAUGCCUCCUUCCGCAUGACCUCCGACCUGGUGUACCACAUGAGGUCGCAUCACAAAAAGGAGUACGCCAUGGAGCCCCUGGUGAAGCGAAGGCGGGAGGAGAAACUCAAGUGCCCCAUUUGCAACGAGUCCUUCAGGGAGCGCCACCACCUCUCCAGGCACAUGACCUCCCAUAACUGACCUGGACGGGACUCCAGCUUUCCACGCGGCGCGAACACGCACAGUCAAGCCACCUGUGGGAGCAAGCACGCGAGGGCAUCCACCAUCUCCUUGUGACCUGAAACAUGGCACCCAGGGCGACAGUCUCACACUCACUUUCUCUCUCUCUCUCUCUCUCUCUCUCUCUCUCUCUCUCUCUCUCACACACACACACACAGACACGUGAUCUUCCAGUCAUUUCAUUCAAAUGUUUACCUUCGACCUACACUACGCACACACACACACACACACACACACACACGUGCUCCACCAGUCAUCUCAUUCAAAUGUUUACCUUCGACCUACACUACACACACACACACACACACACACACACACACACACACACACACGAGACAGGAUGGUGGAUUUUUGAUGGGUGGGUUGUUUGAGGGGUUUUCUUUUAAAUGCACGCAUUUUCACUUUCCCCAAAACAAAGAUACAUUUUUGAAAAUGUCAUAUAUUGCAACAUAUUGAUGCAUUUGUCAUACGUUUCUACUUAAAUUAUUAAGCACUUACAGUUUAGAUGUAAUAAUUAUAUGUAAGGGCAAAAUUUAUUUUAGAUAUAAAGUAAAGGAGGAGGGUGAGAUGCUUUCUGCAUUUACUGAUGACAGUUUGUGUUCUUAUAAAAAGGGGGUCACCAUUCAAUUUCCGUUUUCAGGGGGAAGCGCAUGUAUCAUGAAAUGAUUAUGGACUUCAAUGAAGAAUGUCAUCAUUAUGUAAAUAUGUAUUUCCUUUUAAUAUAAAGUGUAACUUUUGUGCCAGUGAAAUGGAGUCUGAAUAGUUAUGUGUUUCUUUUAUCCCUGGAAAGAUUUAUUAAACUUUAUAGAUUAUCUGGGUAUGUUGGAUGCUUUGACAAUAAAAGACUAUUUUCUUCAGA